UCGUGUUUGCUAGCUUCCUCUGCUACUUGGGGGAGCCGGAACUUUUGUCAGCAGGAACCUGUAUACACCGUUCAGUGUUGUCGACCGACGUGCAGGCGAGGGAGUGUUGUUCUCUUCCUCUGGCCCGCGGCGGACCAGAGCCGAGCGAAUCUGACCCUGGAACGCAGUUUUCUUGCGGACUGUGCCUAUGGUCGCUCCGCCGGCCGCUAUCCGCUGGUGGUUCUGUAUCAGGGCAAGCAGUGUUCCAUGGCAGGGAACUUCUGGCAGAGCUCCCACUAUUUGCAGUGGAUUUUGGAUAAACAAGAUCUGUUGAAGGAGCGCCAAAAGGACUUAAAGUUUCUCUCAGAAGAAGAGUAUUGGAAGUUACAAAUAUUUUUUACAAAUGUUAUCCAAGCUUUAGGUGAACAUCUUAAAUUAAGACAACAAGUUAUUGCUACUGCUACGGUCUACUUCAAGAGAUUCUAUGCCAGGUAUUCUUUGAAAAGUAUAGAUCCUGUAUUAAUGGCUCCCACAUGUGUGUUUUUGGCAUCCAAAGUAGAGGAAUUUGGCGUAGUCUCAAAUGCAAGAUUGACCACUGCUGCUACUUCUGUAUUAAAAACUAGAUUUUCAUAUGCCUUUCCAAAGGAAUUUCCUUACAGGAUGAAUCACAUAUUAGAAUGUGAAUUCUACCUUUUAGAACUAAUGGAUUGUUGCUUGAUAGUGUAUCAUCCUUAUAGACCUUUGCUCCAAUAUGUGCAGGACAUGGGCCAAGAAGACAUGUUGCUUCCACUUGCAUGGAGAAUAGUGAAUGAUACCUACAGGACGGAUCUUUGCCUACUGUACCCUCCUUUCAUGAUAGCUUUAGCUUGCCUACAUGUAGCUUGUGUUGUACAGCAGAAAGAUGCCAGACAAUGGUUUGCAGAGCUUUCUGUGGAUAUGGAGAAGAUUUUGGAAAUAAUCAGGGUUAUUUUAAAACUAUAUGAGCAGUGGAAGAAUUUUGAUGAGAGAAAAGAGAUGGCAACUAUUCUUAGUAAGAUGCCAAAACCAAAACCUCCUCCAAACAGUGAAGGAGAGCAGGGUCCAAAUGGAAGUCAGAACUCUAGCUACAGCCAAUCUUAAAACAUUCUGAAGAAUUUCGUAGUGGACCACUUGGAAAUAAACCAUUGGACAGAUAUCAGUAAUGUCUUCAGUGGAACACAAGUGAAAAUGAAUAGCUUGUUUCUGUCAAGCAUAUUGGGAAUUGAUUUUAUUUUUGAAAAAUAAGUUUUCUUUACCUAAUUUGAAUCUAGUACAUAAUUGAUUCUCAAUUAUAAAAGUUUAGAAGGUUCUCAGGGGACCUAUACAUAUAUACACAUAUUUCAAAAUAAAGCAAUCUUUUUUCACAUAUAUAUAUAUAUAUGUGAAUAUGAUAUAUGUGGAUAUAUACAGUGUGUAUAUAUAUGUACACGCACACACACACACACACACACACACGUACCAAUGCAGUAAUAUUAGUUCUUGAUUUGGAUAAUAGAAGUGUUUAGCUUUUUAUUAAGGUAGGAAACAUAAAACAUCGUUUGUUUAAAAUUCUAUUUGAACAC